UUUAGUGUUUACGGAUAGUUAACAAUCACGCCACCGCCAUUAACUCAUAACCACUCCUGCAAAAUGCUUCAAGCUCCUGAAAUAGCACCUAAUCCUGCGUUGUUUACAUCGAUUCCAGAAACGCCACAGCAGAAAAAGCCAGGACAACUGACAAAUGGUCAACUGAAACAAUUUUUCGGCGAGGGUUAUCUUAUGGUGCCCGAUUUCUUCAGUAAAGAUGAGCUGCAACCUGUCAGAGAUGCCAUAGAAACAUGCGUAGACUCGCUUGUAAACAAAUUGUAUGACUCUGGCAAAAUUAAAGAUAAGCAUAUUGAAGCUGGACUCUUCCAGCGAUUUGCUCUGAUCGAAAAAGAGUUUCCAGGAGCAGGAGUCGUCUUACAUAAACACAGCGGACGGCUAUCCCAGGCAUUCAGAAACCUGUGGUCCAAUGACAGACUGUUAAAUGUGGUAGAACAGAUGAUUGGUCCAAAUAUAGCUGGUCAUCCUGUGUGGAAUCUACGAGUCAAGCCCCCACAGUGCGAGCAAGCUACUGUCCCCUGGCAUCAAGAUAAUGCGUAUUUGGAUAGCAACGCAUUAAAUGUGUUACAACCUACUGCAUGGAUACCGUUAUUAGAUGCCACUGAACUCAAUGGAUGUAUGAAGGUUGCCAGGGGAGGUCACAAAUCUGGGAUAUUAGGCAAGCACAUAGCCUGUGCUGGUGAUACGUGGUAUGUUUACAUGACUGAAGAGGAAAUGGUGAAGACUCUGGGAGUCAAUAUGAAGGAAGAUAUUGUGACGUGUGAAGUGCCGUAUGGUGGGGUUCUAUUUAUAAAUAAUAUGAUCCCCCAUGUAAGCCUCGAAAACUAUUCUAAUGACAUAAGAUGGAGCCUCGAUCUGAGAUGGCAGAGACCUGACUUACCUAAUGGAUUCUAUGGUUUGAAAGAUAAUGUAUUGAUGCGAACCAGUGACAAUCCUAACAUGGAAAUCGACUUUGAUACGUUUGACAAAGUGGACAGAAAUAAAAUAUUGGAGGACACUGACGAGUUUGAUACUACUAUACCAGGUCCGUGGAUGACAAGAUGGGGAGUAACUCACCACAAUAGACAUACUGCGAAACUUUUGGAAUCUCCCGGUGCAACAACAUGGCAUAAAUCUUGA